AUGCCUUUCGCUGAACACAACGAUUCUCCAAUUUACUGCCAUCACGGAAGUCCGCAUAUCUUUGAACCUGAAAAUAUCUCAGUUUCGCCACUCUCGGAGGAUCCCUCCGAGUUCAAUCCAGAAAUACAAGACGCAUCAGCUCCUCAAUGGACCGAAGAUUUCCGGAACGAUGAAGAAAUGGUGGAAGAUAAUCAAUACGAUGGAAGAUACACGAUGGAAGAUAAUCAAUACGAUGAAGAACAUCCAUGCGAACAAUCACAGUUCUCGGGAAAUUUCCGAUGGGAUCGACCGUUGACCGAUAAAUGUCUUGAGGGAAUCUCAUUACCUGAUUGGACACAGACAAUGUUCAAGAGAAGAAUUGGUGCAGAUCGGCCAUCAACGAGUGAAAUUGAACAAACAAGAGAGAUUAUUACAGCAAAACGCCGACGAAACAGCCCCGAAUAUCAUCAGACGAGUUAUGGAAAUGUGAAACGCGUCGAAGCCGACUCGUCCGUUUUGGACAGUGAAUUGGAGAUGUCAAAUGCCAUUGAAAAAACGCCUGAAUCGUCUCGUUUUUCACCAAAUCUUCCCCAAUACACCCAAUCCUCCCAAAUUGAUUACCGAUCUCCUUUCUUUUCUCGA